AGUCACUCUGGAUCGCCGGUGAGUAGGAGACAUGCUGAGCCGCCAGCAGCCUGCCUAGGUUUCCCUCCUGAGCUUCUGCAAGAGCACCGAGUUAUGACCGGGGGCGUGUGUGAAACCGAACCGCUCUUUGGCAACUGAGUCGCAGGAAUCUCAACAGAGGCGGAAAAUCAAUUGGGAGGGAAAACGGUCCGAGCCAGCGAGCCGGGGUCUGACAGUCAGGCAGCGUGCGGGAAUGGCAGCCCCUCGGCCGAUAAAAGGCAUCCUGAAGAACAAGGACGGCGGGACGAACGUCAAGCCCCUGCCCGACGAGUUGCCCGGGGAGGACACCGAGCCGGCUGCCGGACUCUCGGAGGACGACCAACAGAAGAAAUCCCAGAAAUGGGAUGAGAUGAACAUCCUGGCCACAUACCAUCCAGCCGACAAAGACUACGGCAUGAUGAAGAUAGACGAACCCAGCACACCUUACAACAGGAUGGUGGGGGACGAAGAUGAUGAGGGGGCACUGAGUGACUCGGACAGCCACAGUGGACUUGCAGCUGAUGACCUGGCAUCAAAGCUGGUUGCAGCAGAGGGUUCAGAACCUCGCUUCAUGAAGGAAGAGGAGGAGAGCAGCGAGGAGGAGGAAGAGGAGCUGACUCCUGAAGAACAAGCCAAAAAGAAGCAUUUUCAGAUGAUGAGGAAGGUGCACUACAAUGAAGGCCUCAACAUCAAGCUGGCCCGCCAGCUCAUCGCCAGUGAACUAGAAGAUGACGAGGAUGCAGACGAAGAGAUGAGGGACGACAUGGAAGAGCCGAGGGAGGACACGGAGGAGACGGAGGAGAUCAACGUUGACCCGCCACAGGAAGCUGAUUCUCUGGACUCGUAGACGAGGCCUCUCUCUCCCACCUUCAGCACCGUGUCGGCUCAACAUCCAGACAGACAAUGCCACUGCGCUUUGUGUUUCAAUGCUGGGCAGCAGAGCAGACACCGCUUCACCACCGAUGUAACACCCCUCAACAGCCAAUAACCUCACAUGACCCUCAAGCACACACUGGUUUUUUUUUAACCACCAAGAAUCAGUACAAAACAAAAGUGAAGACUGUUGGUCCCUCCUCCUUUAUCUCAUGUUGCCAAGAAUUCCCGCCUCCCAACUCCUCUGGACUGAAGAAUAUGUGAUUCUGACCUUGAAAGGAGGAUGAAAACAAAACGAACUGUCUGAUAAGCAGAACUCCCACCUGGCCUCUCCUCAGUCCCUCUGCAGUCCACAGAGCCAGUAUGUCAGCCCUGCAUUAUGCCAGGGGAAACUCGACAGCCUCACGAAAGAGACAUAUCUGAGACACAACGAUGGCGCCUGUACUGGGUGCACUUCAGAUAGCUUUUCAUUUUAGUUUUUGCUCAGAGACCCACCACUCUGUUGCAUUUUCCAUCUUCAGGUACUUCUCGUGAUAAAAGUUGGGCAAAAUUAAGAUCAGUUUGAUUUUUUUGUCUUUAUUCUUUUCCCCCAUUCGUACCUGUUACUGUACCAUCAGAAUAAGAUUAUUUUAUAAGGCAUAAUGGUGUUAUGGUGAAAUAAUGAUAAGUUAGCACCUGUAUAUUACUGGGCAGUGCACAAUCUGAAUUUUAUUUAGAAAAAAAUAAAUCUAAAUUUUACAUCAUCUAUUCAACAUCACAUGUAAUUGUCUGUGAUGCAAUAAAAAGUAAAGCAGCGCAGAUUUAAGUAUUUCCUACUUACUCACCUUCUGUCUUUACAAGCAAGAACACCAAACCUCAUUUCAAAUUCUGGCAAUGAAACCAACAUGUUUAGCACCAGACAUAAGGCCUUUUCUAAAUUGAAUCUGCUGAUAAAUUUGGCACAUAAGUUGUCUAUGAAGAGGCUUUUUUUAUUUUUUGAGCAGAAACUAAAUAUUUAAAAUUUCUCUUCAUUUGUUUCUUCCUCUACAUGAGAUUAUUUUGUGAGAGAAGAUCGCAGGAAAUGUUGAUAAUCUGUUAAAAAAAAAAAAUGUUUUUGGUACUUAGGACAUUUUAGUUCUUAUAAGUUCAUAGGAGGGGGACAGUAGUGAAGUCCCACACCUGAGGUAUAACAUUUGCUACUGAUAAACAGGAUAAAUGUCCUGCCCGAAACUGCUCCCGUCUUUUAACAAGUCGCAGCUUUAAGAACCAGGCUCUUAUUGUAGAUCUGACAAAGACGAAAAACAGCGCUCGCUCGCCGUGCCGCUCUCGCUUGGACAAUUUGUGUCUUUGACUUUUUCAUCCCGUGAGAUUCAUUAUACAGGAAUUGCGAUUAAAUUAUUGUGAGACAGGUUCAAUAAUCUAGUUUGUGUUUUAAUUUCUCUCCGGUCUUUAUGUGACAUUAUGCUUAAUUCAAUGUCUGAUCUACUUAGAAGGGUCUCGCACGCUGCAGGUUGGGGAACGUCAAAAGAGAGAGUUGCUAUGUUGAUGCUACUGAUUUUAAUCAAACAGGAUUUUGGUGGUGGAUUUAAACCACUAAGGCUUAUUGGAGGCGUUUCAAGGAUGUUUAUAAUGUUUGGUAUCAAGAAAGUUAUUACAGUCUUAAAAAAGUGUUGACGGGGGGAAAAAAGACAGUUAAUCUUGGUGCAAACCGAAACUUUGUACAUUAAAUAGUUUUAUUUUUAAGUUUGUGGAGAAAUGUCCACGGCUACAUGCUGUACGACUUCACACCCUGAGAGAAUCGUGUGACAUGAAAAGUAUCAACGAGUCUUGUGUUGUGACUUCGGACGCUUUUUAAUUCUCCACUGUGAUUGGAAGUGUUGAGUUUUGUAUUAUGGAAAUACAAACAAUCAUAGACCAACAGUAAAGACUCCUGCACAUGUCCCCUUUGCAUUUUUUGGUUUUGUUUUGUUGUUGCUGUAGUUUAGUAUUUGGUGGACAUUUUUCCCUCCCAUGAUAGAGGUGAAAGAAAAUCCUUUUAAAUUUCCAUUUCCACCGACCAACAAGAAGUCGUCUAGUGAGCGGACGAAAACAUCCACCAUCGCUCGAUUGUUAUGGAGAAAAGGGUGAUGUGUGUGGGAAUGUGGAUUUUGAACAGAAUUAUCGUCUUCUAUUUAGUUAUCGAAGAGAAAACUGUAGAGAAGCUGAGAUGAAUCCUGUCAUCCUCUAUCUGACGACGAAGAGGGACGAGAUUGUCCGAAAAAUGUGACUGACGUGAUCGCCGCACUGUAGGUGGUUAUUGCCUGUCAAAUGUGCCUCUUAUGUAUUUAUGUACAAGUGUGUAAAAUGAUCAGGUGAUGCUCCGCGUCACUCUUCUCUGUCCACUUUUAUUGCCUCAUGUUUGUUUGUUUUUGCACCAUUUCUUCCCUGUUGGGUUUGUUUUCUAAGAAUCAUAGACUGUUAGCAGUCCCUUGAUCGCACAGUGUCUGUCUCAAAUCCAUGUUUGGUUGUUUUUUAUGUAUUUCCCAUUCGCAUGUUCUUAAUCAUAAGAUUGUGUGUAUUGUGUUUCAGUUUUGUCUCUUAUUAAACAGAUGUUGUUAGGAA